AUGUGCGAAGUGCUCCACGCCUACAAUAAUAGUGGUUUCGCCUCGCCUGUCAGCACUAGCACAUCAAAGAUGAUUAAUAUAGUAUGUGACACGGUGAAACAGCGAGACGUCAAUCCCUCGUUCGUCAGUAAACCAAAAAAAAGGUAUCACUGUGACUCGAGUUUACUCGCGGUGUUCUCGCAGUGCGGUUUCACGGGCUGUGUGGAAAACAUGGUCGUUUCAGAGAACAAGCCGCAGGCAAUCAGAGCAGAAUGGGGAGGGGGCUUAGAGUUCCUGAUGUCCUGCAUCGCGACUUCCGUAGGAUUGGGUAACAUCUGGAGAUUUCCAUACACAGCGUACCAAAAUGGCGGCGGAGCCUUCCUCAUUCCUUACAUAAUCGUCCUACUAAUAGUCGGCAAACCAUUCUAUUAUUUGGAAGCAAUCCUCGGCCAGUUUACGAGCAAGUCGUGCAUUAAAGUAUGGUCGCUUUCUCCGGCUAUGAAAGGGAUCGGAUAUGGCCAGCUGAUAGCUGCUCUAUGCGUUGUUUCGUACUACACAGUGUUGAUGGCGAUAACUCUGUUCUACUUGGUGGUCAGUUUUCAGUCGGAACUCCCUUGGUCAACGUGUCGUGAGGAAUGGGGAUCGAAUUGUUUCGACUCUGGAGGCUCCGUGAACAUAACUGCAAUCACCGGAAACGGCUCGCUGCAGAGUUCAGCUGAGUUGUACUUCCUAAAGGUUGUUCUCAACGAGGUUGACUCCAUCGAAGACGGUAUUGGAACACCAUCUUGGCAGCUCAGCCUUUGUUUGCUUGCCAGUUGGAUCGCAGUUUACUUGGUUCUCUUCCGGGGAGUCAAAAGUUCAGGAAAGGCUGCCUACUUCCUUGCACUUUUCCCCUACGUUGUCAUGAUCGCACUCCUGAUCAGGGCGGUGACCCUUUCCGGUUCCGGGAUCGGAAUCAUGUUCUUCAUUACUCCAGACUGGACGAAGCUUUGGUCGCCAACAGUCUGGUACGCUGCCAUAACGCAGUGUUUCUUCUCUCUCAGUGUUUGCUUCGGGGCUAUCGUGAUGUAUUCUUCCUACAACAACUUCAAUCACAAGCUUUACAGGGAUGUAAUGAUCGUCACGACGUUGGACACGUUCACCAGCCUCAUCGCCGGCUGUACGAUAUUCGGAAUCCUUGGUAAUCUGGCCUAUGAAAUGGGGACGGAUGACGUGAGCACCGUAGUUCGGGGCGGAACUGGUCUGGCCUUCAUUUCGUACCCGGAAGCCUUGGCCAGGUUCACGUUCGUUCCGCAGCUCUUCUCGGUCCUCUUCUUCGUCAUGAUGUUGGUCCUUGGAGUGGGCAGUGCCAUGGCGCUCUGCGGGGCGGCGUUCAGCGUCGUUUGCGAUUGGUUUCCUCACGUCAAACAGUGGAAGAUCAUGCUCGUCAUAUCCGUCGUCGGAUAUUGUAUCGGCCUUGUUUACGUCACGCCGGGCGGACAGUGGAUAUUGACCCUUGUCGAUUACUACGGCGGGACAUUCGUCGCCAUAAUCGUUGGGACCGUAGAAAUUCUGACAGUCUUUUGGAUCUACGGUCUCCGGAAGUUCCUUGACGAUGUGGAAUUCAUGACCGGCACAAGGCCCGGGAUUUAUUGGAGGGUUUGUUGGGUGGCCGUCACUCCUCUUCUGAUGAUCGUGAUUCUGGCAUACACGGUAGCGAUAUACGAGCCGCCUACAUACAACGACACUUUUUUCCCAACUUCGGCUUACGCCGCUGGUUGGGCCAUCCUGGGCUUUGCGGUGUUACAGAUAGUUGGAUGGAUGGUUUAUCAGCUUUACACAAAGAGAAGCUCUUCGGUUGCACAGACAUUCAGGGACGCUUUCCGACCUACCUCUGAGUGGGGUCCGAAUGACCCCAAACAUCACCUGGAGUGGGAAUCCUUCAAAGAGUCGAAAGCGAAAUCUUCUUCGAACGGACUUUAUGAUCUCUUCUUCAAGUAGCUUGCAUCAAAUUAUUCUUAGAUCGAAUCCAUCUGCAUGUCAAUCAUCUAAAUCCCCCAUAAUUGCAGUAUCGUUUCGACCACCUUGCAAUUCCUUAACUCAAACCUUUUAAGAUCGAAUACAUUCAGCUCACAGUGAGCAUCAUGGCAUACCAAGCAAUUAUGACAAAAACAGAAAAACACAUUGGAAUAAGAUAACACCUGAAAAAGGUUAAAAAAAAAUAAUAAUAAAAAAU